CCCCGACGCCACCACCUCCUCACGCUCCGCCGCAGUUUCCUCCGCCGCUGCCGGGGCUGCGGAGCUGAGGGAGCGCUCCCCACCCCGCCGGCUCUCGCCUCCGGGGCUCCCUUCCGCCCUCGGUGGUCUGCCGGGCGUCUCCUCGUCCCGUUCCUCGGGCCCGGUCGGGGCCGCGAGCCGCCUCAGGACAGCGGGGACGGGGCUCGGGGGCCGCGGCCUGCGCUCCCUGCGGGCGGUUGAGGGCCGAGGAGGCCCUCCCUUCUGACGAGGGAAGGGAGGGUCGGGAGCCCCCGCCCUGCGGAGCCUGGGGCGGGCGCCGGCGAGGGCCGGGGCGGCCGGAGGGGCGGUUGUCUGGGGGAGGGGGUGCGGGGUGAUUCAGCGCCCGGCGAGGCGGAAGCGGCCGGGGCAGCAGCAGCAGCAGCAGGAGGAAGGCGAGAGGCCAGUCCGCGCCUGGGCGCCCGGGGUGGCACGAGCCCGCGGCCCGAGUGCGAGGCGGAGGCGCGGAGGAGGCCGCGGGGACGGGAGGCGAAGCCGGCCGGGCCCCCGUAGCCAUGGAGAACGCGCACACAAAGACGGUGGAGGAGGUGCUGGGCCACUUCGGAGUGAACGAGAGCACGGGGCUGAGCCUGGAGCAGGUCAAGAAGCUCAAGGAGAGAUGGGGCUCCAACGAGUUACCGGCUGAAGAAGGAAAAACCUUGCUGGAACUUGUGAUUGAACAGUUCGAAGAUCUGCUAGUUAGAAUUUUACUGUUGGCUGCCUGUAUAUCUUUCGUGUUGGCAUGGUUUGAAGAAGGUGAAGAAACGAUCACGGCCUUUGUAGAGCCCUUUGUCAUUCUGCUGAUUUUAGUGGCCAAUGCCAUCGUGGGCGUGUGGCAGGAAAGGAAUGCUGAAAAUGCCAUCGAAGCCCUGAAGGAGUAUGAGCCCGAGAUGGGCAAGGUGUACCGGCAGGACCGGAAGAGCGUGCAGCGGAUCAAAGCCAAAGACAUCGUCCCUGGCGACAUCGUGGAGAUCGCAGUUGGUGACAAAGUUCCUGCCGACAUAAGGUUAACUUCUAUCAAGUCUACCACGCUCAGAGUUGACCAGUCGAUCCUCACAGGUGAAUCUGUGUCCGUCAUCAAGCACACGGACCCUGUCCCCGACCCCCGGGCUGUCAACCAGGACAAGAAGAACAUGCUUUUCUCUGGCACCAACAUUGCCGCUGGGAAAGCCAUGGGAGUCGUGGUGGCAACUGGCGUUAACACUGAGAUUGGCAAGAUUCGGGAUGAGAUGGUGGCCACAGAGCAGGAGAGGACGCCUCUGCAGCAGAAGCUCGAUGAAUUUGGGGAGCAGCUUUCCAAAGUCAUCUCCCUCAUUUGCAUUGCAGUCUGGAUCAUAAACAUCGGGCACUUCAACGACCCGGUGCAUGGAGGCUCCUGGAUCAGAGGUGCCAUCUACUACUUUAAAAUCGCAGUAGCCCUGGCCGUGGCAGCUAUUCCCGAAGGUCUGCCUGCUGUCAUCACCACCUGCCUGGCGCUCGGAACACGCAGAAUGGCCAAGAAGAACGCCAUCGUCCGGAGCCUGCCCUCCGUGGAGACCCUGGGUUGUACCUCUGUGAUCUGCUCUGACAAGACGGGCACGCUCACCACGAACCAGAUGUCCGUCUGCAGGAUGUUCAUCCUGGACAAAGUAGAUGGUGACACUUGUUCCCUUAAUGAGUUUACCAUCACUGGAUCCACGUAUGCGCCUGUCGGAGAAGUGCAUAAAGAUGAUAAACCAGUGAAGUGCCAUCAGUAUGAUGGCCUCGUGGAACUGGCUACCAUCUGUGCUCUGUGUAAUGACUCUGCCUUGGAUUACAAUGAGGCCAAAGGCGUCUACGAGAAAGUUGGAGAAGCCACCGAGACCGCCCUCACCUGCCUGGUGGAGAAGAUGAACGUGUUUGACACCGAGCUGAAGGGUCUUUCCAAGAUCGAGCGCGCGAACGCCUGCAACUCGGUCAUUAAGCAGCUGAUGAAAAAGGAAUUUACACUAGAAUUUUCACGUGAUAGAAAAUCCAUGUCUGUUUACUGCACACCAAACAAACCAAGCCGAACAACCAUGAGCAAGAUGUUUGUAAAGGGCGCUCCUGAGGGUGUCAUCGACAGGUGCACCCACAUUCGGGUUGGAAGUACCAAGGUCCCUAUGACACCUGGAGUCAAGCAGAAGAUCAUGUCUGUCAUUCGGGAAUGGGGAAGUGGCAGUGACACCCUGCGGUGCCUGGCCCUGGCCACUCACGACAACCCCCUGAAGAGAGAGGAGAUGCACCUCGAAGACUCUGCCAACUUCAUUAAAUACGAGACCAACCUGACCUUCGUCGGCUGCGUGGGCAUGCUGGACCCUCCGCGGAUCGAGGUGGCCUCCUCCGUGAAGCUGUGCCGGCAAGCGGGCAUCCGGGUCAUCAUGAUCACGGGGGACAACAAGGGCACGGCCGUAGCCAUCUGCCGCCGCAUUGGCAUCUUUGGGCAGGACGAGGACGUGACGUCCAAGGCGUUCACAGGCCGGGAGUUCGAUGAGCUGAGCCCCUCGGCCCAGCGAGACGCUUGCCUGAACGCCCGCUGCUUUGCUCGGGUGGAGCCUUCCCACAAGUCCAAGAUCGUGGAGUUUCUUCAGUCCUUUGAUGAGAUCACAGCCAUGACUGGCGAUGGUGUGAAUGAUGCCCCUGCUCUGAAGAAAGCCGAGAUUGGCAUCGCCAUGGGCUCCGGCACUGCAGUGGCGAAGACCGCGUCCGAGAUGGUUCUGGCUGACGACAACUUCUCCACCAUCGUGGCCGCCGUGGAGGAGGGCCGGGCCAUCUACAACAACAUGAAGCAGUUCAUCCGCUACCUCAUCUCGUCCAACGUGGGCGAGGUUGUCUGCAUUUUCCUGACCGCGGCCCUUGGCUUUCCGGAGGCGUUAAUUCCCGUUCAGCUGCUUUGGGUGAACCUGGUGACAGACGGGCUGCCGGCCACCGCCUUGGGCUUCAACCCCCCAGAUCUGGACAUCAUGAACAAACCACCACGGAGCCCCAAGGAGCCGCUCAUCAGUGGCUGGCUCUUCUUCCGUUACCUGGCUAUUGGCUGUUAUGUUGGCGCUGCGACCGUGGGUGCUGCUGCCUGGUGGUUCAUCGCUGCUGACGGCGGUCCGAGAGUGUCCUUCUAUCAGCUGAGUCACUUUCUGCAGUGUAAAGAGGACAACCCAGACUUUGAGGGCGUGGAUUGUGCCAUCUUUGAAUCCCCGUACCCCAUGACCAUGGCGCUGUCUGUUCUAGUGACCAUAGAGAUGUGCAAUGCCCUGAACAGCUUGUCGGAAAACCAGUCCUUGCUGAGGAUGCCCCCCUGGGAGAACAUCUGGCUCGUGGGCUCCAUCUGCCUGUCCAUGUCGCUCCACUUCCUCAUCCUCUACGUGGAGCCCUUGCCUCUCAUCUUCCAGAUCACACCGCUGAACGUGACGCAGUGGCUGAUGGUGCUCAAGAUCUCCUUACCUGUGAUCCUCAUGGACGAGACUCUCAAGUUCGUGGCCCGCAACUACCUGGAGCCCGGUAAAGAGUGUGUGCGGCCCGCCCCCCCGCCCUGCACGCUCUGGGCGUGCACCGAGGGCGUCUCGUGGCCCUUCGUGCUGCUCAUAACGCCCCUGGUCAUCUGGGUCUACAGCACCGACACUAACUUCAGUGAGCUGCUCUGGUCUUGACUGACAGCUGCCCUAAAGACGACGUGUAACUUAAUCCAUUAAUUUUUUUUUAUUGUUUAAAGCAACUGUCUGUUUCUGCUGAAUUUUCACAUGAACAUACUGGCUGGUGAAAGAGGGUUCCUACUCUAGAUUUUGUUUUGCUUUUUCCGACUCCAGUGGGGCAAAAUUUGCUUUUUUUAUACACAUAAUUAAAGUGUCCAUUGACAUGUACAGAGAACUAACACUAUUUUAUGCAAAUAUUUUUUUGUAGAUGAAAAGCAUGUACAGUGUUCUGUUUAAUACUCAUCCUUGUACAAAAAAUGAAAAAUAGUUGAGCCAGCAGACAUUGUCAGCAAAUUAAUUGGCAGCAGAUUUUAGGAAACGAAUGUGUGCGGUUUUUUUCUAAAACUCAAUAGCAUGUAUUGUGUCUUUUGCAUGAUUAUCUGGAUUUAAUUUGAUAUCACAGUCUAAUUUUUAUUCAUAAGCCAAUUUUUCUGCACUGAGCAGAGUCCUGCUACCUCAGUCAGUGUUUCUUGGUUUGCCACCCCUCCCCUGCCCUCCCCGCUCCCCGCCCGCUCAGCUCCGCCCGCAGGGUUGGGGGCGCUGUUGGCAUCCGCGUCACGAGAGGUAGGCCUGUGCUCGCCUGUGCAGAAAACAUUGUUCCAGGCUCAAUCGACUGGGUUCUGUCCCUUCGCAUAGUUUUUAAGGUUAUUUAUUGAAACGUCUAAUGUAUUUUAUUGUAACAGACAUUGUUUUGCCAACAUUGCCUAUUUCAGUGGCAUUUCACAAUCUAGUUUAAAAAGAAAAAUAAAACGUUUUAAAUGGACAGA